CGGAAGAGGAUGUUGUUUUGUUGACAUCAGACGAGCACGAAAAACAGAGGAGAAUAUAAAUGAUUAAACAAUAAAUGAAUUGAAUCAACCAAAGAACUACCCGUGGGCAAAGCUAAGCAGCUUCUUGUAGACCUAACCCCGGAGUUAGAGAGGUCUUGAGCACACUGCCUCUUCUGUGACCACCUCAUCUAUCCCGAUGCCUACCCUUUGAGAGCUCCCCGGCACCUACCUCCUGAGGCCACCUAAUUUGCCCUGUUGUUGUCAAACAAAGGGGAAGUGAGAAGCAGCAGCCGACAUGGCAGCCAAGGCAGGGGACAACCCCGACAGCCUCAUGGCACUGACCACAGCCUUCUGCCUGAAGAACCUGAGGAGGACCUUGUGCUACCUGGGAGAGAGGAACAAGCUCUGCCUGCGCGCAGACGUCUUCCUGCCCAGCGAGAUCUGUGACAAGCUGGUCAACACAUACACGGAGCUGGUCCAUAUGGACAGUAACUUUGAGCCGCAGGACGGCUUCUUCCAGCUGUUCUCGGACCCGCACAGCACCAGGCUCACCCGGGUACAGCUGAGGGAGGACUUUGUGCGUGACAGGGACCUGGAGGCCAUUGGGAAACAGGACUUGAUAGAGCUCCACCUCACCUACUGCAAGAACCUAUCAGCUCACAGCCUCAGGACUUUAACCAGAUUCCGCCAGACCCUGGUCUCCCUCAGCCUGUUCGGCUGCAGCCGCAUCUUCUAUCGCAAGGGUGGUGCCCCACUGGUAUGCGACGAAGAAGAGGAGGAAGAGCGGCCGGCCUCCAGACAGGCACCGGACACAGACUUCAGCUUCCAGGGCUUCAACCGGCUGCGGCUGCUCAACCUCGGGGGUCUGCCUGAGGAGGUGGACGCUGAGGCUCUGCUCAAGCCCCUGCCGGUCCUCACCUCCCUAGACCUGUCCGGGGUGCCGCUGCCCAAGGCUGCCUUCCUGGCCCACUGGAAGGAGAGGCUGGCCUCGCUAGUGCUCUACAAUGUGGACCUCUCCGAGGAGCUAAUCAACACGGUGGUGGAGCUGGGACACCUCAGGCACCUGGAUAUCUCUAGAGAGCGCAAUUCCAAGUUCAAGAUGACCCGUAAGAUCCUGACGGCCAUUGUGCAGGGCCUAGUCAACCUGGUGUCACUGGACAUCUCAGGUCAUAUCAUGCUGGACAACUGCACAGUCCCACACUUCGAGGAGGCCAUGGGACGUCCAAGUAUCGAGCCCUGCAAGAGCAGCAUCUACCCUUUCCAGGAGCUAAAGAGGCCUCUGCAGUUUCUGGGGCUCUACAACACCACCCUUUGUAAUGUGACACACAUCCCUGCUUACAAGGUCACAGGCUCUAAGAAUGAAGACCAGGUCCUGAAUGCCAUCGAGGUCUACACAGAGUUCCGCCCGGAGCUGGCCCACCGAGCCAUCAACCAGCUGUUUGAUAUCGCCAGGAUACAGCACUGCAGCCAGCUACUGCGGGCACUGCAGCUGGUGAUCGCUGCACUGAAGUGCCACAAGUAUGACAAGAGCAUCCAGGUGACGGGCAGCGCGGCCCUCUUCUACUUGACCAACACAGAGUACCGCAGUGACCAGAGUGUGCGGUUGCGCCGGCAGGUCAUCCAGGUGGUGCUCAACGGCAUGGAGCAGUACCAGGAGGUCACGGUCCAGAGGAACUGCUGCCUGACGUUGUGUAACUUCAGCAUCCCUGAGGAGCUGGAGUUCCAGUACGGCCGGGUCAACCUGCUGCUGCUGAAGAUCCUGGAGCCGGUCCGGCAGGACGAGUCCAUCCAGCGCAUCGCCGUGCACCUCUGCAACGCCCUGGUCUGCCAGGUGGACAACCACCACAAGGAGGCUGUGGGCAAGAUGGGCUUCGUCAAGACAAUGUUGAAUCUCAUCCAGAAAAAGCUACAGGACAGGAUGUGUGACCAGGUAAUGGAGUUCUCCUGGAGUGCCCUGUGGAACAUCACUGACGAGACGCCAGACAACUGUCAGAUGUUCCUUAACUGCAAGGGCAUGAGCCUCUUCCUGGACUGCCUGAAGGAGUUUCCAGACAAGCAGGAGCUCCACCGUAACAUGCUGGGGCUGCUGGGUAAUGUGGCAGAAGUGAGGGCUCUGCGACCACAACUCCUCACACCACAGUUCAUCUCUGUCUUCAGUAACCUGCUGGACAGCAAGGCGGAUGGGAUCGAGGUGUCCUAUAAUGCGUGCGGGGUGCUGUCCCACAUCGUGUUCGAUGGGCCAGAGGCGUGGGCCAUGGAAGAGCCACUGAGGGACACGGUCAUGGACAAGAUGAUGGAAGCUAUCCAGAGCUGGGACGUCACCUCCCGCCGGAAUAUCAACUACAGAUCCUUUGAACCCAUCUUGCGCCUGCUGCCCCAGAGCAUCGCCCCAGUCAGUCAGCACUGGGCCACGUGGGCACUCUUCAACCUGGUGUCGGUCUACCCGAGUAAGUACUGCCCUCUGCUGAUAAAAGAAGGAGGGAUUGUUCUCCUGGAGAAGGUGCUGGAGCUCCAGACAUCACAUGAAGAGACCAAGGACAUGGCGCGGAAGGUGAUGGAGCAGUGUGAGAACUUCAAAGGAGACCCCAUGGAAACGACGAGGUAGACGGACGACGGCCAACGGAGGACGACGGCCAACGGAGGACGACGGCAGGGGAGCAGUACCGCUAGACGAACAAAAAGGCAGAACUUCAUAGGAACCCUUCACUAUCUUUUCACCACCAGUGUCAACUGUCUGCAUCAAGUUACUGGACAGAACCUUGUUAUGUGACACUAUGAGGAAGUUGAGAUGUGGUGCACCGACUUGGUGUGUGUGUGUGUGUUAUUUGUGUUGCACAUAAUAAGCAUAAUUUGUAUUAUGUAUUUGUGUUCAUUUAUUAAUGGUGUGAGUGCUUGUCCUCGUGUGUGUGUGUGUGUGUGUGUGUGUGUGUGUGUGUGUGUGUGUGUGUGUGUGUGUGUGUGUGUGUGUGUGUGUGUGUGUGUGUGUGUGUGUGUGUGUGGAAGGACGUAUGUGUGUUAUAAUAAGGAUCAAAACACCAGGGAGAUCUUUGUCUCUGAAAAAUAGGAAACAAAAAUGGAGGUUGUUAUGGUAUUUUUCCCACCUAAGUCUGUUAUAUUGGGUCUCGUGAGAGGCCCUCCGUUGUAUAAGCUUCAUUUCCAACACAGCGCCGUCAACGUCCAUCAUGCUCCUUCUCAGAAUCCUCAGUCCACAGCAAUUUCUGAUGCAGAAAUUUCAAAUGGAUGACGCCAUGAGGUGUGGACGGUCGACUAGUUUUAUCCCAGACAGCACUGAUCUGUGGACAGUUGUUAUUGAGCAGUGAAGUUGCCAUGUCUGUGGAUGCAUCUCUAUCCCACACUGAUCGAGAGUGUAACCGUGGAAGUGUGUAGCCGUGACAAUGACCCCAGUAGAAGUCUUCCUAGAUCCUGUGGCACGGGGAAGGACUUUUUGUUUUUUGUUGUACUUAUUUGGAGUUGCCAUCUGUCCCAUCAUUGUUUGUCAGUUUUUUUUUAUAUAUGAUUAUAAACAUUCCUAUGAUUUCAUCUGUAAAUCUAGGCUUUGUUCCCCAUUCCUUACAUAUAUGCAAGUUCAAACCCCGAGCUGACAAGGUACAAAUCUGUCAUUCUUCCCCUGAACAGGCAGUUAACCCACUGUUCCUAGGCCGUGAUUGAAAAUAAGAAUUUGUUCUUAACUGACUUGCAUAGUUAAAUAAAGGUCAAAAAAUAUAUAUAUAUAACCCACAAAGAAGCUGAAUGAUGAGAAACAAAUCAGGAAGGACUAUACUGUUAGGGUUUUUGGAAUCUCAACAAAAAUAUGCCCAUGUUCUUAAAUGUUAAGGAAAAUCUGAAGGUGGAUGAUUUUAACUUUGUGUCUUUCAUGUAUAUGGAUACAAUGCCCUCAAACAUAAAGUCUUAGCGUCAUAUAUUUAGAUUUGACACAUUUAGGAAAGCCUGUAUCUCAUUUCUGAACAUUUAGUUGCCAUGUAAGAAAUCUUUAGCCUAACAUUUGCACAUGAUUUGGUAAGGUAGUCGAGUGAUACAGUGGUAUACUUGGUCAACAAAAGCUAAAAUCAAAUGUGAAGAUUAGUUCAUAGAAAUGCUGACCUCAGAUUUUUACGCAGCAUUAAUUCAAAAAGAUUUUUAAUUCAAGAAUUCAUGCUGUAUUGUAACAAUCAGUGGGGUCGGAAAUUAUUGACACCCUUGAUAAAGAUGAGCGUAAAUGACUGUAAAAUAAAUAAUAAAAAUAUUGAGCUAUAUUUUAUUUUUUUUAAAAGGGAAAUUAUAUUUUAUACCAACACAAUUACUCAGAGAAAUAGAUAUUGUUUAACAAGUAAUACUUUUUUUCUCAAAGGUAGGGGUCAAGAUUGACACCCCUGUUUUCAAUACCUUGCGAGGAUAACGGCACAGAGACUUUUUCUAAAAUGUUUUAUGAGUUGGAGAACACAAUGGGAGGGAUCUUAUCCCCAUCCUAAAUACAGAAUCCUUCCAGAUCCUUGAUAUCCUUCAUCUGUGCUGAUCAGGACUGCCCUCUUCAAUGCAAACCACAGGUUUUCAAUGGGUUUCAAGUCCAGAGACUGCGAUAGCUAUUCCAAAAUGUUGAUUUUGAGGCCAAUUAACAAUUUCUUUGUGGAUUUUGAUGUCUUACUGGAAGUUCCACUUGCGGCCAUGUUUCAGUUGUUCCCACUGUACAUCUUAAAAUGGAUGACAUCCAUGGGUCUUUGUUCAGAACUAAUUACUAAUUUCCCCCGACAGACCUUGAUGUCAGUAGAGAUAAAUAGCCUAUCAUUAGAAGGAAUAUGUUCCACACUACACUUACUGUUCAUAGAUUGAUCAUUAGUUGUAUUAUAAUUUUGAUAUUUCACAUGAAGUCCCAACACAUUCAAACAUGGAAUUUUCCUUCGCUUCUUGAAAAGAAAUCCCCUCUGGUCCAUUAGAUAUAGAAUUAAUUGAUCUUUGCUUCUUGAACAGAAAUCCCCCCCUGGUCCAUUAGAUAUAUCAUUUAUUGAUCUUUGCUUCUUGAACAGAAAUCCCCCCUGGUCCAUUAGAUAUAGAAUUAAUUGAUCUUUGCUUCUUGAACAGAAAUCCCCUCUGGUCCAUUAGAUAUAGAAUUAAUUGACCUUUGCUUCUUGAACAGAAAUCCCCCCUGGUCCAUUAGAUAUAGAAUUAAUUGAUCUUUGCUUCUUGAACAGAAAUCCCCUCUGGUCCAUUAGAUAUAGAAUUAAUUGAUCUUUGCUUCUUGAACAGAAAUCCCCUCUGGUCCAUUAGAUAUAGAAUUAAUUGAUCUUUGCUUCUUGAACAGAAAUCCCUUCUGGUCCAUUAGAUAUAGAAUUAAUUGAUCUUUGCUUCUUGAACAGAAAUCCCCUCUGGUCCAUUAGAUAUAGAAUUAAUUGAUCUUUGCUUCUUGAACAGAAAUCCCCUCUGGUCCAUUAGAUAUAGAAUUAAUUGAUCUUUGCUUUUCUAUGUACAUUGUCUUAAUUCUUUUUCAUGUGAUUUUGUAUGUUUGUAUAGUGCAUUAGGAAAGUAUUCAGACCCCUUGAAUUUUUCCACAUUUUGUUACGUUA